GUACCAAUGGAAAAGGAGCACAAGGAAAGACAUCAGAGAAUGAAAAGUAGAGAAUACCCAAGAUCAACCAGAGAUGAGUACAAGCAAAAAGAGUUUGAUCUGUUGGACAGAAACUGGAAGCAUGCUCGAUUCAAAUUUAAAAUCCCUCCAUUCCAUGGCAAGGCUGAUCCUGCAGCAUAUAUAGAGUGGGAAGAAAAUAUCCAGUUGGCUUUCAACAAUCAACACUAUUCUGAAGAGAACAAGGUUCAGAUGGCUACUGCUAAGUUUUGUGGUCAUGCUUUAAUCUGGUGGAAUCAAUUGAUAAGGUGGAGAAGAUUCGAUGGAAAAGAACCAGUGGAAACUUGGCAUAAGCUGAGGACUUUGAUGCGUAGAGAGUAUGUUCCAAGACAGUACUACAAGGAAGUACUUCAAAAGCAGCGGGAGACCAAGCUGUAUCCUUCAAACUCAGUUCAGAAACAACCUGACAUCAAGAGAUCACGUCCAUCCAGAGAUAUUGGUUCAUCAAGCAAGAAACCAAUCUGUUCCAGUAAGGAGGACAUCAAGGAACUGUCUCAGUUGAUCAUGGACGUAGAGAAACCACUCAAGACAACCAACACAGCACGUCCAUCCAUUGAAACACAGCACCAAGAACCAGUUUCUACUGUCUCAGAACUCAAAGUUGCAGAACUAGACUAA